AGUUAACCGAGAAGGUGAGGAAAAGCUGUUAGUGGUUUUGGAUAAAAGUGUUUUCCAAAUGCAAUGUAAUUAACUGAGCAGAAGUGGUGGGGGUUAAGUUAACUGAGCAGGUAAGCAGGGGUUAAGUUUACUGAGCAGGCGCUUACUACCUCAUCUUACCUGCUCAAAUAAAACAUGAAGGAUCGCCUGCAAGAACUCAGACAGGGAAAAGCCCCAGAGGAGGAGGUUGAGGAGGUUGUUCAUACUGAAACAGGCUUCAUGGAGGACUUCUUUGAGCAGGUGAAAGAGAUUCAAGGAUCCAUCCACUCAUUGGCUGAAAAAGUUGAAGAAGUAAAAAAAAAUCACAGCACCAUUCUGGCAUCUUCAAACCCAGAAACAAAAGCUGAAUUGGAGAAGCUAAUGACAGAUAUCAAGAAGCUGGCUUAUGAAGUGCACUCAAAAUUAAACCAUAUCAAGCAGACCGUAGAGCAUGAGGAGACAGUGAAUCUGAGAAUACGCAAAAACCAGCACUCCAUCCUGUCAUGUAAAUUUGUUGAAGUGAUGUCAGAUUAUAAUGCAAUACAAUCAGACUACAGGGAGCGCUGUAAAGGUCACAUCCAGAGACAGCUGGAGAUUAGAAUAAAUACAACAGAUGUUGAUUUGGAGAGCAUGUUGGAAUCUGGCAGUCCAUCUGUCUUUACAUCAGGGAUAAUCACAGAGUCCAGCAUCACUGAACAGGCCAUGAAGGAGAUUGAGCUCCAACAUAGUGAAAUCAUCAGUCUGGAGAAGAGUCUCCAUGAGCUGCAUGAGAUGUUCAUGCAGAUGGCCAUGCUGAUAGAAAGCCAGGGAAAGUUGAUGAAUAAUAUAGAGAUAAGUGUGAGCUGUGCACAGGAUUAUGUGGAGAAGGCCAAAGAAACAACCAAGGCAGCUAUUAAAGUUCAGAAAACAAACAGGACGAAGUUGAUCCUGAUAGGGGGCUGUGUGGCUCUUUGUCUACUCAUUGUCAUCAUUGCACUAGCCGUUGGAUUGAGCUAAGAUAUUGCCCUGAGCCAUUUCAACCUACUGUGAUCCACAGAGGAUGCCAAGAGGAACAAUUUAGAUUCUUAUAUUAUAUCUGUGUACAUCUUUGCCAUAUUUAUGAGACAGCAUAUAGAUUUUGUUAAAAAAUCAACAUAAUUGCAAACAUAAGGGUUCCAUAUAAAUGUAAUAACAUUCAUCUGACCUAUAUGAUCUGUAUUGUUAUGUGAAAAAGCAUAUAAACUUUCAAUAUAAACUUUACUUUUUGUUUUAUUUGUCAUGUGUUUUAUUGUAUUUAAUUUAAAUUUACUUCUAUAGCAUCACAAAUACCUAUCGUUACAUCUGAGAGCUUGUGCUUAUCUUGUGGCUUUAAGAAAAGACAAUUGCAGCAUAUCAACCAAACAAAUAUAAUAAAAUACAAAUCCAAAAGUGAGUGAACAAUAUCUUUCAUUGGAGCAUCUUCUGGGAUAUUUAAACAGAAACUUUUUUUAAACAGAAAUGCGUUGAACACCCUGUUGUGAUGACGUAAGAGUUGCAACUACAGUAGCUGAGAGGCCAUUCGUUAUUCGUUAUUUUUAAAUGUUUUCGGAGCCUGAUGAAAUCUUUUUCAAUAUGUGUUUAACACUGUAAAAUGUGCUCAAUGUUACAGUCACUGCCAAUGCUGUCCAGAAUAAAAACACUCCAACUUGGAACCAUAGUGCGAGCUGUCUCUUUACAGUAGUACCGCAUGGUUUAUUUACAUGUUUCUGCCGAUUGGACUGCAGUUCUGACACACCCACCAAACAAGAGAAAACGUAUCUCAAACCCUGUUGCACACCAGUACAC